GAGAGAGGUGGUCUUGUAAUGGUGGUGAUAAGAGAAAAGAUAACGCAAGAUGCAUGCGGCCAAACGAUCUGCCAGAUUCCUCUGAUUUGGGUCGUUUUAAACCAGUCAUUCCAGAACCUUUAUCUUCUAAGUUUACCCCUUUCUUCAAUCCCAUAUAUAAUCAGAAGCUAGCUAGCUACUUGGAAACAAUCUCAUGAAUUCAAUUUAGAUACCCAAGGCACAUGCUUGAUGAGGAUCCUGAUGAUCAAGCCGUUCUUGUUGCUUCCAUUGUUGAUCAUCAGCUCGACUGGUUCUUCUGACACCCAGGAAGCUCACCGGAAAUGGCUGAAGCGGCUCGGUUCCUUCAACCAUUCCUUCCUUUUCCCGGAAAAGGCCAAGAACCAGUUCCAGCCCUGCUUAACCAUUAAAGUAUGCAAAAACCAGGGAUCCGGAGAUUUCGUCUCUGUGCAGCAAGCCAUAAACUCGCUUCCACUCGUCAAUGGCUGCCGCGUGGUUAUCUCAAUCGGCGCCGGAACGUACAGGGAGAAGGUAGAGAUACCUGAAACAAUGGCGUAUGUGAGCCUGGAAGGGGCCGGCGCCGACAAGACAGUCAUCGAGUGGGACGACACCGCGGACCGGACCGGCAAGGACGGCAAGCCAUUGGGCACCUAUGCUUCUGCAACCGUCGCCAUCGACGCCCCUUAUUUCGUCGCCAAGAACAUCGCCUUCAAGAACAAGGCGCCGUCGCCGCCGUCGGGGGCUCUGGGGAAGCAGGCGGUGGCGGUGCGGAUAUCGGGGGACAAGGCAGCGUUCGUGAGGUGCAAGUUCGUGGGCGGGCAGGACACGCUGUACGAUCACCGGGGGCGGCACUACUUCCGACGAUGCUACGUCGAGGGGUCGGUGGAUUUCAUAUUCGGGAACGGGCUGUCGCUGUACGAGCGGUGCCACCUGCACGCGAAGGCAAAGGGGAUGGGGGCGGUGACGGCGCAGAAGCGGGAGAGCCUGCUGGAGGAGACGGGGUUCUCGUUCGUGAAGUGCAGGGUCACCGGCUCGGGCGCGCUCUACCUCGGCCGGGCAUGGGGCACGUUCUCCAGAGUGGUGUUUGCUUAUACUUUCAUGGACAAGAUCAUCACUCCCAGGGGCUGGUAUGAUUGGGGCGACAAGAACAGGCAAAUGACUGUGUUUUACGGGCAAUUCAAGUGUUGGGGGCCGGGGGCGGAGCACGGGGAGAGAGUGUCAUGGUCGAGGGAACUCACGUGGCAAGAGGCCAAACCAUUUGUUUCCGUCGACUUCGUGGACGGCUGCGAUUGGCUGCUUCCUCUUCUCUGAGGAGCCCCGUCCCAUCUGGCUAGUCAUAUUCCAGGCUAAACAAUUACAAUUUCCCUGAUUCAAUAAACUCAUGAUUUGGCUUGUCGUGCCGUUCUUAAGUAUCCGAGUUAGCUACCCAAUCACUUUCUUUAGAAAAGGGCAUUUUAGAUUUAGCGAUCGAAUUGACAAAAAAAGGAGGGAAGAUGGGUCCCCAAUAGGCGGUGAAUUAUGGCAGAGGGCCCCCAAUGGGGCAAAAGAACAAACACUUGGUGGGUUUUCUUAAACGGCGACCACGCACCGAACUGCCACGGUCGGUGCGGCCAAUGGGGAUGAAACGGGUACAAUAUUGGGAGACGGGGAGAUGGCGAAGGCGCUGACGAGGUUCCUUUUUGCCUUUGGCUGAGGCCUUGCCCGUGUCACCGCUGAAUGGUAUUCACGUGGCGGCAACGUCUUGGAAAAUCCAUUGCAGAAGUCUCCCCCACACGCGAGACUGCGGCCGGGCCGCCUUUUGACGUUCCCGUUACCUUCUUCUCUUUCCUGCCCAAUGGGCCCCCCUCCUUCGGCUGUCAAUCAUCGUUUCAAAACAUGAUCGAUGUGUGUGCGUGCUUGUAAGGUACAAUGGGAAUCUA